ACUGUCAUCGGGAUAAGUGACAUUGGAUAUAUAAAAAUUGUAGCGUGAAUUUCGAAAUGGCUUUAUUGCAAAAGAUAAGACCUUUCUUCAGAUGGAACGCUCCGACGUUGUCGAGAAUGCUGGCCAGGCACCUGGAAUCGGCCAGCGCCGAGACGCCGACGUCGGAGAAUUACAAUUUCGAGGACAAGGUCGCUGUCGUGACCGGAGGCGCCUCGGGAAUAGGAUUCGCCAUCACCAGGGAGUUGCUGAGGAGCGGCGUGACGGCAGUCAACAUAAUCGACAUCGACCAGGAGAAGCUGGUCGAAAGCGAGAAGGUCCUGAAGGACGAAUUCGGCAACGAUAGAGUUAUCACCUACAAAGCCGACGUUGCCGAUACGGAGCAAAUGGACACGAUUUUCAGGAAUACAUCGCAGGAGUUGGAGAAAAUUGAUAUAAUCGUAAACAACGCGGGCAUUUUGGACGACACUAAUUGGGAGGCCCAACUGGACACGAACAUAAGAGGAUCGGUUAUCGGUACCCUUCUGGGCAUGCAAUAUUUGUCAAAAUCCAGUUCAGGACACGGAGGUGUUAUCGUUAAUUUGGGUUCUUGUAUGAGCAUAGUACCGGCCAGUGGAUUUCCUAUUCACACCCUAACUCAAUUUGGAAUUGCUGGUUUUACAAGAGCCCUGGGCACGAUGAGGCUGUACCAAAGGACCGGUGUCAAGGUGUUCGGCUAUUGCCCCAGCUUCACCAACACCAACGCUUUGAAGAAUUUGGAGGAAAAGACGAUAAACGCUAAUUUCGCUGAAGAUAUAGAAGAGCAAAUGAAGACGACUUCUCUGCAGGACCCCGAAAACGUCGCUAAAGGUCUAGUGGAGAUUUUGGAAGUGGCUAAGCCGGGUUCUAUAUGGAUCGUGGAGAAUAAUGAAUCUCCAUUUGAGCUGGAAUUCCCUAAAUUCAUCCCUGAUGGAAAGAGCGACGAAAAAGAGAGUGAACAAUCAGCAACAACAACCACAGAAGCUCAAGCUUGAUUAAAACCAUGUCACAAUAAUAUUAUUCAAUAAUUCAAAAAUAUUUCAUGAAAUUGUGAUAAAUAAUUUUCAUCUUGG